ACUGUUCCAGCUGGACGCGCGUGGAGCAGUGAGGGCUAUGGUGGGAGAGGAAGCACGCAGACCUCCAGCGAGUUUAGUAACUGUGACCGACGUGCUGCCGUGUACCCUGUGAGGAGAAGAUGUCCAUGAACGAGGUGUACGUGUUCCGACCCUUCAAGCUCAUCGCUCUGCUGUGCGUCUUCCUGGCGCUGUGUCUGGACUUGGUGGCUCUGCUCAGUCCAGCCUGGGUCACCGCGGAGCAUUUCUCCCUGUCUCUGUGGGAGUCAUGCUCCCAGUCUGUGGCUCGUCAUCCCACGGACGAGCCCCAGUGGAGCUGCUUCUCCACCCUCACAUCUGACUGGCAGAUCGCCACGCUGGUGUUGCUAGGCAUCGGUGCAGCCACGACUCUGGUGGCCUUUUUGGUGGCCCUUAUUUCCCUGUGCAGGGGCACGCAAAGACAACACUACCGCACUGUGGCAGUAUUCCUCUUCACUGCAGUGGUUCUGCAGGCCUGUGCUCUGGUCCUCUACCCGAUCAAGUUCAUCGAUGGAACGGUCCUGCAGACUUAUCACGAGUUCAACUGGGGCUACGGGCUCGGCUGGGGGGCCACCAUCUUCAUGCUGGGUGGAGGAAUCCUCUUCUGCCUGCGGACGGACAUAUACGAGGAUGCAAUGUACUAAACUUUCUGUCAGCCCUCUCUGCUCUGCUGGAAAUACUUAAGAGGAGAAUGCAGACCCUACGUGUCCAUUUCCCUUGCUGUGUUAUUCUCGCCGUUAUUUUUAGAUAGGUUGUGAAGGCCUAAUUUAGGCCAGGGCUGUAGGAGUAAACUGCCCUCCCCCCUGCACCACACUGCCCCAGCCCUGCCGGUAUCGGGGGCGAGGUGGCAAAGCUAAAGCGCAGAGAGCUUUCUGGACACGCUCGAGCCACCGACGCUGGACGUUUCCACUGAAUCUCUAUUGUUAGAGAGGAAAGUAGAUUCUCAGCACAGGCCUGAAUGUGCAGUGGCUGAAUAUUUAAUAGGACUGACUGAUCACGUUUCCUUUUAUUUUUGUAGCUUUUCCUGAGGAUAAAAAGCUAGUUGUCAGUUUAUUUAUGGCAUGAUUUCCCACUUUAUAGAAAUAGUGAAAACCGCACUUCCUCUCGUGUUAGACGAAACAUAUCUAGUAACUGUAAAUCACUCAGCUUUGACAUAUGCUGUUGAGUGUUCAUACUUUUGAUGUUUUUUUCUUUUAAUGACACCAGUUUGUCUCAAAUGGAAAAAUGUAAAUGUGUAUAAAGUAUUUCUACAUGAAGAAUUCUGAAUAAAUAAUCGUAGUUUUGGGAGCA